AUGUUUAUGAAAGUGCUGAAGCUGCCUAUAAUUAUCUUGUAAAUAACGAAAAGAUUGAUCCGGCUGAUAUUGUAAUAUUUGGUAUUUCUAUUGGAACUGGACCUAGCUCUUAUUUGGCUGAAAAGUAUCCAGUGGGUGGAUUGAUUUUACAAACACCAUUGAAAUCUAUUUUACAUGUUGGAUUGGGAAGAUCAUUCCUUGCACCUAUUGUACCAUUCAUGAGACCAUACGAUAUGUUUUGUAAUAUUCAUAAAGUUUCCAAUAUCAAAGCACCAACAUUGAUUAUACAUGGUGAUAGAGAUAGUAUUGUACCUUAUUCACAUGGAAAGGAAAUUUAUGAAAAUGCUAAAAACAAAUUUAAAUUUAUUACAGUACCAGGAGCUGAUCACAAUGAUAUUUUUGAUUAUUAUUCAAUUUUGGAUUUUAAAGAAGAUAUCAAGGAAGUUUUUAAAGCAACAAAUCUCAACGAAUAA